UUAUCCAGAGCGACUUACAGUAGUGAACGAGAGUACUGCUUUAUUGUGUUACCGGCGCUUUUCUAUUACCGAUCAAUAUGAAUAGGCGAAAGCGUUUCAAUAGGCGAAAGCGUUUCAGAAAAUAUUUACCGACUGCUGACAGUGACCAUUUCAAAACCCCGGAGGAGAGCGUUUAUGCCGGGCUGUCGCGGGACGGGUACUUAAGGCAGUGGGAUGUCGAGGACACUUGCAGAUACCUGCAUCAGGAAGGUCUCGGGGCAUGGGAGCGGCAUUUCAGAGAGCUACAGAUAACAGGAGUGGGGUUACGAUACCUCACAGAGACACAUCUGGAGAAUAUGGGCAUAAGGCCUCUUUGCACACGGCUGGAGAUUCUGCACUGCCUAGAGAAGCUGUGGCAGAUUGCAGCAGGGACCAAGGUGUUUAAUGACCCCAUCCAUGGACAUAUAGAGAUGCAUCCUCUGUUAGUCUGUAUCAUCGACACCCCUCAGUUCCAGAGGCUCCGCCACAUUAAGCAGCUGGGAGGAACAUACUUCGUCUUCCCUGGAGCCUCCCACAACCGCUUCGAACACUCCAUAGGGGUGGGCUACCUGGCAGGUCUGCUGGUCCAGGAGUUGAAUGAGAGACAACCAGAGCUCUUCAUCUCCCGUAGAGACAUAUUGUGUGUCCAGAUCGCCGGUCUCUGUCACGACCUGGGUCAUGGUCCUUUCUCCCAUAUGUUUGAUGGGAUGUUCAUCCCUAAAGUGCGUCCAGAAUCUAAGUGGAAGCACGAGGAGGCGUCCCUGGCAAUGUUUGACCACCUGGUGCGUAAGAACGCCUUAGAGCCGGUGAUGAAGGAGCAUGGCCUGGUCCUUCCUGAUGACCUGGUCUUCAUCAAGGAGCAGAUUGCUGGACCACAGAACACUGUCCUUCUCAGCCAGGGAGUAAAUCAGCCAGCCAGUGAGCCGUGGCCAUAUAAGGGCCGACCAGAGAAGAAGUCCUUCCUCUAUGAGAUUGUGGCCAACAAAAGGAAUGGCAUCGAUGUGGACAAGUGGGACUACUUAGCCAGGGACUGCUUCCACCUGGGUAUCCAAAAUAACUUUGACUACCGUCGCUUUCUCAAGUUUGCCCGUGUGUGUGAGGUGGAUCGGGAAGAAGCAGAUCUGCACCGAGACAAGGAAGUGGGUAAUCUGUAUGACAUGUUCCACACACGCAACUGCCUGCAUAGAAGAGCCUACCAGCACAAGGUGGGCAACAUCAUAGAGACAAUGAUCACAGAGGCCUUUAUCAAGGCGAACCCCCACAUCCAGAUUCAAGGUUCAGGGGGAAAGAUGUUCACCAUCUCCGCAGCAAUAGACGACAUGGAGGCCUACACUAAACUCACUGACAAUAUGUUUGAGCAGAUUCUGUACUCGUCGUCCUCUAAGCUGGCUGAGGCCAGAGAGAUCCUUCAAAACAUCACCUGCAGACGCCUCUACAAGUGUGUGGGACAGACCCAGACUGAGGUGCGCGUGGAGGUUUCACAGAAAAAGCUCCUGGAGUGGGCAGGCUGUGUGGCGAGGUCCAGGCCUCGGAAUGACCUUAAACAUGUUACUCUGCAGCCAGAGGACUUUGUUGUCCAUAUCAUCAACAUGGACUGGGGUAUGAAGGAGAAGAACCCCAUCAACAACAUGCGUUUCUACUGUAAGAACGACCCAACCAAAGCUUACCAGAUCAGCAAGGACCAGGUGUCCAAGCUGCUGCCAGAAAGGUUUGCUGAGCAGCUUAUCAGGGUCUACUGUAAGAAGACUGAUGAGAGGACCAUGGAGGCAGCUAAGAAGAACUUUGCCCAGUGGUGUAUGGAUAUGAACUUCUCCAAACCUCAGGAUGGAGAUGUGAUUACACCAGAGGUCACCUAGGACCAGGGGUUGGUGACCACCACCUCAAGAAAAUGAGUCAGGCUUUCAGAAGAAGUCUCUUUACUCAGGGUUCUGUUCACUCUGAUUCAGUUUUCCAGGGAUUAGAUCAUGUAGUCUUUCUUUUAUUUACUUUUGAUGUUUUAUUUCAAGCGUACAUUUUAGGUUUGGUUAUCUUAACGUUAUGCUAUUUCAUGGUAAGAGAAGUGUAGGAGUAUGUGAGUAUACAUACCUGUUCUCCCAGGCUAUGCAUGUUGACGUGCCACUAUCACACAUGGCUCUUUCAGAUAGCCAAGCAACGACUUUUACAUAUUUAUCCAUCCUGGUGGAAGUUACUCUUUGGACAAUCAUGCUUUACCUUGUAAUACUCCCAAAGCUGAAUGGGAACUUAUCCUUGGUGUUAUAUUGAUCAACAUGCAAACAAACAGGUAACCGUUGUUUGUGUUUCAGGGCAUUGUCUUUCUUUUAUGCAUGGUUUCUACGCUGUUUUAGUUGUUAUAUACCCAGCUACCAUAGUUAGCCUGGUCAUGCAUAUCUACAGUAUCUAGACUAAAGUAGGAGUUGGCUAAGCACAUACAGAUCAAAGAUCAGGGUACAAUGUAGCUUAAUUAUCUUCCGAAAAGACACCACUUUAACUGACAAACAAUGUUAAGUUAUCAUAUUAUCUUUGUUUUCAUCCAUGUACCCUACUGAGGCAAGCAGCUAUCUGUCUAGUGUUUGGUAUCAUUUGGGAGUCUCGUUAUCUUCAUUUAAACAACAUGAACACAAUGUUUACCCUAAAGUCUGCCUCGAUGAGCCCACAGCUGUUGAUCAGACAGACAUGUUUGUUGAUUUAAGUUAUGCACUUUGUUUUAAAUAAAUAAUAUAAUUUUGAAUGAAAGACUAA